UAAUUUAAAAAAAAUAAAUAAAUAAUAAUUAUUGGUUUCGUUUUGUUUUUGCUUCUUUAAUCGAUAUUUCAAUAUUGAUUAAUAAUAAUUUCGAUACGAUACGUACACAAAAAUUACGUAAUGUUUAGAUUUGACAAGUUGCCUGUUCGUGCGUUUAAUUUAUUUUACAGUAACUAAGAAAGUAAAAACUAAUAAUGUCUUUAUUACGAUCUGCAAUUAAUCGAAAUAACCAGAUACUUCGAGUACUAAAUCGUGUCCCUCACGAAUUAUCAUCACUGAAUUACAAAUCUUUAACAACUGUACCCUCUCUAAAAACUAAAGAAGUUGAUAGUAAAAAGCAAACAUUUGAUUGGAAAGAUGCAUUUUUAUUGAAAAGCCAAUUAACUGAUGAAGAAGUAAUGAUUCAAGAUCAGUUUAGACAAUAUUGUCAAGAAAAAUUAAUGUCUCGAAUAUUAUUGGCUAACAGAAAUGAAGAUUUUGAUCCAGUCAUUAUGAAAGAAAUGGGAGAAUUAGGAGCACUAGGUUCAACAAUUCAAGGGUAUGGCUGUGCUGGUGUAUCUUCUGUUGCAUAUGGUCUUAUUGCUAGAGAAAUUGAGAGAGUAGAUAGCAGCUACCGAUCUGCAAUGAGUGUCCAAUCAUCCCUUGUUAUGCAUCCAAUAUACGCUUAUGGAUCAGACGCACAAAAAGAAAAAUAUCUUCCCAGGCUAGCUAAAGGAGAACUAAUUGGAUGUUUUGGAUUAACUGAACCAAAUCAUGGCAGUGAUCCUGGUGGUAUGGAAACAAAUGCGGUGUAUAAUGCUAACAAAAAAACAUUUACUCUCAAUGGUUCAAAGACUUGGAUUACAAAUUCUCCUAUUGCAGAUGUUUUCAUUAUUUGGGGAAAACUUAAUAACAGAGUUAGAGGUUUUAUACUAGAAAAAGGUAUGAAAGGCUUAUAUGCACCAAAAAUUCAAGGCAAAUUUUCUCUACGAGCUUCUAUUACUGGUAUGAUAAUGAUGGAAGAUGUUGAAGUGCCUGAAGAAAACUUACUUCCUCAUAUUGAAGGUUUACAGGGUCCUUUCGGUUGUUUAAACAAUGCCAGAUAUGGUAUUUCAUGGGGAGCUUUGGGUGCAGCUGAAUUUUGCUUAGAAACAGCGAGAGAUUAUGUUAUGGAAAGGAAACAGUUUGGAUCACCUCUUGGUAAAAAUCAGCUAAUCCAAAAAAAGCUUGCUGAUAUGUUGACAGAAAUUUCCAUAGGCUUGCAGGCCUGCCUUCAAGUUGGAAGACUAAAAGAUGCUGGCAAAUUAUCUCCUGAAAUGGUUUCUAUAGUCAAAAGAAAUUCAUGUGGAAAAGCUCUUGAUAUUGCCCGAAAUGCUAGAGACAUGCUUGGAGGAAAUGGUAUUAGUGAUGAGUAUCAUAUUAUACGUCAUGUCAUGAACUUAGAAGCUGUGAAUACAUAUGAAGGAACUCAUGACAUCCAUGCCUUGAUUUUAGGAAGAGCAAUAACUGGGUUGCAAGCUUUCAAAGGCUAAAUUUAGAGACAGCUGCAAAAUUUUAUAUUGAUUUUUUAUAAAUUUGUUAUGUUUAAAUAAUAAAACGUUUAUUUUUAUACCUCA